CGCAAUUUAACCCAUUUGGAUAAGUUAACAAAUGUUGUUUGUUUAAAACCACGUUUUGGAAAUCUUCAACAAAUGUUGUUACCGGAAAAGAUAUUUUGGGGGCACCGACAAGAAAUCCCCACGUUUCUGUAGAAGUAGCGGCAGUAGGAAAACGUAAUUUAAAACCACAGUCAGAGAGAAGAAAUGAAGACAUUCGUUGCUCUGCUCUGUUCAUCGGCGAAGGUGGGUCUAUAAAAACAUAUAAACCUCAAUAUCUGAGUAGCCUUGAUAGAUAGAUUUUUACAAUGGAUAAUAUAAACUCAAAUCAUUCAACUCCUCUCUUAAAAAAUAUAGAUAUAGAUGAAAAUUCACCAGUAACGUUCUUCGGAAAAUUAUGGGAAGAAAAUAAAAUGGUAUGGUACAUAGCUGGACCAUCCAUUUUAACUUCAAUCUUUCAACUCUCUCUCGGUUUCGUUACUCAAACUUUGGCUGGUCAUAUUGGUACUCUUGAACUUGCUGCUGUUGGUCUUCAAAACUUAGUCAUCUCCGGUUUAAUCUUUGGAAUCAUGAUGGGGAUGGGAAGUGCCUUGGAGACGUUAUGUGGACAAGCUUAUGGAGCAGGAAAAAUGAAAAUGUUAGGGAUUUACUUGCAAAGAUCAUGGGUGAUUUUACUUGGAGCAGCAGUACUACUGACCUUGAUCCCUAUAUUUGCAAAACCAUUAUUACUAUUGCUUGGUCAAAAUAGAGAUAUUGCGGAAUUGGCUGGUACAUAUUCAAUAUGGAUGAUACCAGAAUCGUACAUGUAUGCAUUGAAUUUUCCGAUGCAAAGGUUUUUACAAGCUCAAAGUAAAGUAAGGGCGUUGGCAUGGAUUUCAUUUGGGGUAAUGGUAUUUCAUAUACCAUUGAGUUGGUUUUGUAUCAUGAAAUGGGGUUUAGCCGGAGCAGCUGGCUCUUUAAAUCUUUCAUGGGUUCUAGUUGUGAUUCUUCAAUACGCUUAUAUUUCCUCCCCAAGUUGCAAGGAUUCUUGGACUGGGUUUUCAUGGUUAGCUUUUUCUGAUUUGCUUGGAUUCCUUUGGUUGUCUCUGGCUUCAUCUGUCAUGCUCUGCUUGGAGUACUGGAAUUAUAUGGUUUUGAUUAUAUUUGCUGGAUUACUUAAAAAUGCUGAAGUAAAAGUAGAUGCUACCUCCAUUUGUAUGAAUAUUCAAGCAUUGAUAUUUAUGGUGCCGCUGGGCUUUAUUGCUGCCGUCAGUGUAAGGGUCUCGAAUGAACUGGGAGCAGGAAAUGCAGCAGCUGCUAAAUUCUCUGUCUGGGUCACAGUCUCAAUUGCGCUAGUCACGCAGACUGCUUUUAGUCUCCUAUUUUAUAUCACAAGAAACAGCUAUCCGAAACUAUUUACAGAUGACAAGGCUGUUCUGCAAGAAGUCAGUAUGUUAACUGUGUUAUUAUGUACCUCAAUCUUCUUUAGCAGCAUCCAACCCGUUUUAUCAGGUAUGGCCGUUGGAGCUGGUUGGCAAGGUUCUGUGGCCUAUGUAAACGUCGUAUCCUACUAUCUCAUCGGGUUGCCCAUCGCUAUCUUUAUGGGAUUCAAAUUAGAUUGGGGUUUAAAGGGAAUUUGGGGUGGCGUACAAGUUGGGGUUGGUCUUCAGACAAUCAUUCUCUUAAUAAUGGCUUGGCGUACGGACUGGGACAAAGAGAUUGAAUUAUCGAAAGAGAGAAUUUCCGAUGCCGUGGGUUCAAAUGAGUCUGCAGAUGUCAGUGGUAAAUUCAUUGGGAAUUCUUUAUGGAUCUAAAAAAAUCUAAAAAAGAUGAGAAGACGCGAGUAAAUAAUUUUGAGCUACUCUAUGCUUCUUCAUUAUUUUUAUUUUUCAAUUUAAUUAUCAAGUUUUACCGAUCAAAAUAGCAUUUAAAUUAUAUUCUAUGAUAACAACAUAUAAGUUCUUCGUUAAUAUAUGGAGUAUGUUACUUUUCGGUUGUAUGUAAAUAUUUUGAUGAAAUUGUCGACAGCGUCAAGAUUCUCAUGUUCAACUAGUCGGUGGGUUCGGAUUUAUUAUUCUUUUGAUCUCUAAAAAAUUUGGUGCUGGCAAGUUUCGAAUUUGAUACUACAAUGACACCGGUGGGUUCGGAUUUAUUUGAAGGUUUCUCAUUUAGUUUAGUUUUAAGCAAUUGGAAUGUUGUCCUCGAGUCUAUGUAAUUUUCGCUCUACUAUAAUUGAGCCAUGCACUUGCUUUUUCUACAGCUGCGUCACCUCCUUAAUGGUAUAGCUGUUUUUUAAUCUACUUUCUCUUUUUGAGUCAAAAGAAAAAAAACAAUAUUACUUCUCGGUUCUUGGAUUUGUUGCCCACAA